CCAGCUGUAUAAUAACCAGCCAGUUGAGCAGCCACUGGUUCCAGUAGCCACCCUCUGUCAACACGGGGAUCCGCCGGGCUUUCCGGACACAUCAGCGCUCAGCAUCACGCAGCCAGUCUGCCGAGGCGCACCGGGGCGUCCAUGUGUUGCGCGCUUUUGUCCACUUGAAAAUUUGUUCCUACUUGAGCCCAGACUCGCCGCACCGGAGGCACCUUGGCUGAUUUGCAGUGUUUUCAUUCAUCAUCAUGCAAGGAAAAGGCACAUUUGUCAGCCCCUUCCACAGACCGCGCUGUCUGGCGGCAGCGGCGCCGGCGGGGAAAGCGAAAUUAACUCAUCCGGGAAAGGCGAUUUUAGCAGGUGGAAUUGCAGGUGGAAUCGAGAUCUGCAUCACCUUCCCAACAGAGUAUGUGAAGACCCAAUUACAGCUGGAUGAGAAGGCCAACCCCCCCAAAUACAAGGGAAUAGGUGACUGUGUGAAGCAGACGGUACAGCAUCACGGUGUCAGAGGACUGUACAGAGGACUCAGCUCACUGCUCUACGGAUCCAUACCCAAGUCGGCUGUCAGGUUCGGGGUCUUUGAAUUUCUCAGUAACUACGCGAGGGAUGAGACUGGCCGUCUGGACAGCACCAGAGGCCUGCUGUGUGGGCUGGGGGCCGGCGUGAUGGAGGCUGUCGUAGUGGUCUGUCCCAUGGAAACGAUCAAGGUUAAAUUCAUCCAUGACCAGACGUCAGCCAACCCCAAAUACAGGGGCUUCUUCCACGGAGUCAGAGAGAUCAUCAGACAGCAAGGUUUGAGAGGGACGUACCAGGGCCUCACAGCCACCAUCCUCAAACAGGGAUCCAACCAGGCCAUUCGCUUUUAUGUGAUGACCUCUUUGAGGAACUGGUACAAAGGUAAUGACACCAAUAAGUCUAUUAAUCCUGUGGUGACUGGCACGUUUGGAGCCAUAGCUGGAGCUGCCAGUGUGUUUGGAAACACCCCAUUAGAUGUCAUCAAGACCAGGAUGCAGGGUCUGGAGGCUCAUAAAUACAAAAGCACACUGGACUGUGCAAUGAAGAUCCUGAGACAUGAGGGUGUAACAGCUUUCUAUAAAGGGACAGUUCCCCGGCUGGGCCGUGUGUGUCUGGAUGUGGCCAUCGUCUUCAUCAUCUACGAGGAGGUGGUGAAGGCUCUGAAUGUGGUCUGGAAGACAAACUGAGAUGCUGCAGCAGAGCGGGAAGCAGAAGUUUGCUGCUUCCCAGCCCUCGGGCACAGAUCCAAGAUCAGUAAAUCUGUUCCUUAACAUAAACCUGGCCUUUUUGGCGGUAGAACAGAGAGCUAAACUUGGAUCGGUGUCUUGGCACAACUUAACAUGCUACACUGAGCAACACUGAGCUUCACAGGGCAACAGUGAGCCUCUUAACCCUCAACAUAUUGUGAGAGCAGAGGCUCAGUGAGGCCUAUACCUGGUCUUUCAGUCUUUGAAAGCUUUGUGUAGAGCUCCAUUGAUUCUCAGCACCAAGGCACCUAACAAGACUGGGACCAUUAUCAUUUUUAGUAAUCCACAGCUAUUUUACGACAUUUACUGCGAGUACGCAGGUAUCAUGCUGUAUUUUCUUGAGUUAGUGUUGCUCUCUGUCUCUUCCUGUGUGCCUAAAAUGGCUUGAAGGCCAGAGGAGCCAGACUGCAGUUUACAGUCACAUGAACUGUAGUAACAUCCAUUACUAAGCCUUUAAUACAAUGAUUUUGAGUUUACGAUAUGCUAAUUAUUUUUAUACAAUGCAGAUUCUAAUUUAGUUUACUAACAACAUUAUAGUUUUAUUGUAAAGUCUAAUAUAUUUUCUUCCUGUGCCAAAUGCCAAACCCACUAUACCUAUGAAGGUGUGUACAAAGUAAGAAAAACAAGACAGAGCAGCCUAAUGAGCUUAUUAACAGAAGAGCAAGUGGUAUUAUUAUAAGUUUAAGAAGAAACUGUAAUAUACUUUGAUGUAUUUAUUGAAAGCAUGAAUGUUGAAUAUCUAUGCGGUUGAGAGACCAUUUGCUGUUGACUCGUGCAGUGUUAAGUUUUUUGAAUCACGUUUGCGUGUUUUACUGGACAUGGGUAGGUUUAGUAACUUACUUUCACUGUGUCUUUCACUGUGACUCGAAACAAUCCGACAACACUGAGUCAAACUGACGACCUAACCUCAGACCUUUACCCUGCCAUGGUAGCGCUGCAGUACAUCGCGGUUACAGUAGUAUUUCAGGUGAUUUCAUAAACCCAGGUUCCUGCCUGUGUGUCUUCUGUGUAGAUCAGCCGUCACAGAGACUCCUCCGUAUAUAGAGAUUAUAGAGUUUUCCAUCGCCUCCAUUCCACGUACAUUCCCUACAUACCAGCUGUUGUCAGCAGAUUCAGAACCCACGGUCAUUCCUGUUCUGUUCUGAUGCCAUUUUUUUUUCAUUCAGGGAUUGCUUUUACUUUAAUGUUUUUUAUUAUUAUCAUUUUGUCACUGCCUCGAUCACAUGUGCCUUUCGCUGAUCUGUUGUUUGGUAACUGCGACUAGAGAUUUAUCCUCGCCUGUCCAUCUGGAUCCCACUGACUCUAACCAAACUCUAAUUGUAUUUAUUAGUGAUUUCUGCGGUCAAUCAUGUAGUUUUUUCUUCUUUUUAUAAUAACCAGUUGUCAUGUGUUGUGCGUGUACUUGUGCCAUCGCAAGUAAAUGUGAAAGCAGUCAGAAUCUGUAUGUGUUGCUGUGAAGGUUGUGUUAUAAUAACGGAUGGAUUUUAUUUUAUUUCUGGGUUUGGUAAAAAAAAAAAAAAAAAGUUUGUUUUUGUGUGUGUUUACUGUUGCUUAUGUUUCCUGCUGCCAGAUUACUGAGACAAAAUGUUAUUGUCAUAGCAAAUGAAAGUCAGUUUAUCUCCAUGGCUGUGUGUUUGAGUGUGUGUAUGUGUGUGUGUGUGGCACUCUGUGGGUUCUUGUGCAAUAAACACCACCAUCCCCCUCUCCUUGUCCAUGCUUAAUCUAAAGUCUU